ACAGCCCAUACAAUGAGAAGGAAUGGCAUGCAUUCAAGGUCAGCUUGUCAGAAAAUUAGUGCCUAUAUCAAUGGUGCCUGCAGGCCUGCAGCAAUGAAGGACCAGUAUAAAAGGCAGCUCAAUUCCCAGCUCUCCCAUCCACUUCUCUUGCCUCAUUCUCAUUGGGAACCAGGUAAGUGCGAAGCCUCUCUCCUCCUCUUGCAAAGUGAGAUUUUGCCUCAGUUGUUGUCUCAUACAACAGCGGAGUUCCUUGCUAUGGGAGACCGUACAGGGGAUAAGGUCUGCGUAGGAAGUGCUUGGGACACAGCUUACAUGGCUUUAGAUUUAUUCAGUCUGUGAGAAUCUCCCUGGGCCAGACUGCUCUUUGUAGGGCCCUGGUAAAACAUAGGUACGUGUCCUUUUUUCUCAGCCUUCUCUGUGAUGGCUAGUAGUUGCCAUGGCAGGGUAUCCAGGCUGUCCCUCACAUACCCUUGUGUUCUACUUCCUUCUGUCCCUCUCUCCCAGGUGUAUCGCCAGCCCCAAGACAUGUCCUGCUACAGUCAGUGCGUGCCAUGCCGGCCCUGCGGCCCCACCCCUCUGGCCAGCAGCUGCAAUGAGCCCUGUGUCAGGCAGUGCCAGAACUCCACCAUCGUCAUCGAACCCUCUCCCGUGGUGGUGACCCUGCCCGGACCCAUCCUCAGCUCCUUCCCACAGAACACCGUUGUGGGAUCCUCCACCUCCGCUGCUGUUGGCAGCAUCCUCAGCUCUGAGGGCGUGCCCAUCACCUCGGGGGGCUUUAACUUGUCUGGCUUCAGCAGCGGCUACUGUGGCAGAAGGUGCCUGCCCUGCUAAAGCCGCUGGCCAUGGUCCUGGAGAAAUUCGUCCAGAAACUGUGACCGUGAAGAUAUUGAUGGAUCAAGAAGGAAUCUUCAAGCCACUGCUUUCAGAAUACCUGACCAUCCUCAGCUGCUCUAGGAAAUAGUGGCAGGAAGAGGCAAGCUUGGGCUUUCAGUUAACCUGGCUCAUGUCUAAGCUUCCAUUCCUGAACCCACUUACCUGUCUCUUUCUCCAUUUUUUCUCCAGCUUUUCUUUUUUUGCUUUUUUCCUAUGUUCCUCUGAGAUGUGAGUCUCCUCAGAACCAGUCCAUUCUGUGCUAGAAAAUAAGGCACGUGCCCUGCCUGAACUCAAACGUGGUGUCAGGCGAAUCCUGUACUGUGGAGCCUGUGCUCAGAGUGAUCUCAUUUUCCUAUUUCAACAUUCAUUAAAGAUUUCUCCACCUUAGUUCGAGCCUUUGAUAUUAUUUCCCACCAUGUGUGGCCUCCAGAGCUUCCCAGGGAGAACGUCUUUGCUCUUGAAGGGUGUAAGAUGGGUGUUUAGGG